AUGGCUCCUCCUAAGAAAGUGCAGGUUUCUAUGCCUGGUGUGGCAGAGGGCAAGGAAGUGGUGGGAAUAAGUAUAGGAGAUGGCGUUUCUGCCGAGGAUCGCGUGAGAUCCAUACUCGAGGGCUCAAUGGGGGAUGAUAUCUUCCAGGGCUGGGGCGCCUCCCUCGUCCACGAAGACAUCCAACUCGUAACUGCAUCCUCGAACCCAGGCCGCGUGGUCUUCAGAUACACCGUCAAACCCUCGCACUGCAAUCGGCUAGGCAACCUCCAUGGCGGUUGCACCGCAACACUCUUCGACAUCUGCACCACCACAUCCCUCGCACCCAUUGCAAAAGAAGGAUUCUGGGUCUUCGCAGGCGUAUCGCGGACCCUAUCUGUGACGUAUAUCCGUCCUAUCCCAGUUGGCGAGACGGUAUUGAUCGACUGUGAGGUGGUGCAUGCGGGGAAGAGAUUGUGUGCGCUUAAGGGGCAGAUGAAGAGGGAGAGUGAUGGCGCCGUUAUGGCAGUUUGUGAGCAUGGGAAGGUUAGCAUUGACCCGCCUGUUGCGUCGAAGUUGUAG